AUGUCGAUUAAUUCGAUUAAUAUUCAUCAACCACCACCACCAUCAACACCACGUGAACAACUUGAAGAAUUUAAAUUGCUUAAACGGAAACUUGACCUUUUAUCACUUCAAUAUUCACAACAUCAAAUUAAAUCCAAUCAAUUAGUAUCAUUCAGAACUCAAUUAGAAACUCAAUAUCAAGAGAGUUUAAUUGUUAAACAAGAAUUUGAUGAAUUAAAUCAACAACCCACAGAAGAAGAUACUAGAGAACAAUUUGAAGGUGAUGAACAAGGUUAUAGAAUUUAUAAAUUAAUUGGACCAGUUUUAUUACCACAAGAUCAUGAUGAAGCUUAUUUAAAUGUUGUAAAAAGAGUUGAAUUUAUUGAACGUGAAAUUGAAUCUAUUGAAACUAAAAUUAAGGAACAAGAUAAAAUUAUUCGUGGAAUUAAACAACAAUUACUGAUUCAAACUAAAACAUUGAAAGAGAAAAGAAUGCAAAUUGAAAUGAUAAUAACUAAACAAUAA